AUGGCGGAUUCCACGCCGGAAGAGCAGUUUUCGUUGCUCAGUCAGCAGCUUCUGCUGCUGAACCAGCUUCCUCAGCAAGAUUACAGUCCGAUGACAUUAGAAUCAUCGCCUCCUAAGCCUCAUACUCCUCGCGAGAAGCCGCAGAUCAGCAGCCCUGCGGAUAAAAUUCCGCUGGGGUCGUUGGACAGCGGCGGGCCACUGGUUGACCAGGCGUCCAUGGACUCUCAGGCAUAUCCACCGGUAAAGCAGGAGUUGCAAGAUGCGACAAAUGUCAAGUCUCAGCGGCUUCAGCAGAUGCAGAUGGCACUGAUAGAACACCAGAAUCAGUUGCUGCGUCAAAGAGAGCACUUACAGCAGCAGCAGCGACUGCUCCUCCAAAGGUCACAAGAACGCACUGUUGCGCCACACAGCCUCGCUCAAUUGUUCGCCGAUCUACACGAGGCCCGUCAGCAGCAAUAUUUGCAGACACAACAACGUGCGGACUCCACGACCUCGGCUCAUACGUCUGAUGGGCGGGUACUGAGGGCAGGGUGGCGUCAUCACUGCAGUAGAGUGCCGAGCAGCGGGGGUGGGAUGCAGCUGCCGAUGCCCCACGGCGUGGCUGAUGACGUCGCGGGCUCAACAGCGAAGCUUGAUGGAAAGCCAUCGGGAGAACAGGUCCCAGAAGGAGACCCUGGUCUGGAACCUCGUCCCUUAGAGGAGGCCCGUAACCAGCAACACAAGGGGGGACAGCUGGGGCAGUACUCAGAAAACCGAAGACAAAUACUCCGAGAUGCUGGGCUUCUUGAUGCCCGUGCGGUGUUGAGUUGCACUAUCAGCGCCCUCCGGUUCAGCAGGAAGAGUGCCCCAGCUGCAGAACCAGAAGACCGGGUGGGCAACAGCACCAGCGAGAGAUGCAGUGGCAACACGACGCAGAGUGCUAGCGACGACGGGACCGGAAGUGGAUGCCCGACACUUUCGCUAGCGGGCGGACCGCCUGCAUCAACCACCACCAACGGGGCAAGGAAUCUUCCAUAUGGGUCGCCGGGGAGUAAAGUCAUACAGGUUCACGGCCAACCUCUCCCUCUCACUGUUCUUUGCGCUGGAAUUUCCCCUGGAAAGUUAUGGCUCCACUGUCUGAGGGUGACCCUCCACGCCAGGCGGUGUGCCAUUCGAACCCGCCGCUACUGGAAGGCCUUGGUGCAUCUUUUCCCUCGCCGAAGUGCAUACUCAACCAUGGCAAUUUUGUCUGAGGAUGAUUUGAAAAAGUACAGCAGUAUCGGCCCUCGAAGCUCCUCAUCACGGGACGCGACAGUUGAUGUGGGGUCUUGGGCUGCGCCGAAGGAACCCUUUUGCGACCCGGGCCUUUACUGCCUCAUCGAUGAAGGUGGCCCAAUUCUUGCAGCUUGGGCGGUUGCCCAAGACAUUCAUGGGCGUUUGCGGCGUUGCUCAGCAAUGGUGGAUUCAGCUGAAGCUGACACGGCUGACGAGGCAUGUAUCAAGAGGAAACGCUCGAAGUCUACCGAGAACGCCUCGAAAUCUUGCACAGCUGAGAGUCUCGGGGGAGCGUUUUCGAGGGGAAAGGAAUGCGUUGGAGCCGAAGGACUUCAGGCCCUAGAGAAGUGGUAUGUGAAUGUGGCAAAGGAGCCUCUGACUGAGCAACAGAUUCGAAGCCUCACGUUGGCGGAAUAUGCAUCGGUAUUUGGCAAAUAUGCCGAGUGCCUGCCAUGCCGCAUACGCCUGGCUUGGCGGCAGCACCUCAUGGCCUUUGAGCUCGCUAUAGACAAGACGGCGGCGGCACGUUCUCGUUCAGAGUCUUCUGGAGAGGAGUCGGUGGAAGCUGGCGGCCAUGGGAGAGGACGGAGCCGUCCCGUUCCAACUUUGCGGAGUCAAAAAGGCCACUGGGAGUGGUGUCGUAAGUGCCCAUUGGGGUGCCGCAUGCAGCUGCACUUGAUUCUGCAUGAGCUUUACCAGCCGUUGUCGCUAACAAAGCCGGGUAUGCGCAGUGCGCUGGCGCAGUUGCUGAUGAGGAUGAGGCGGUACGUGGCACUGUCUCCGUUAGGGGUUGAGUUCCUGAUGCAACGCUUAAAAGAGAUGAGGCUGAGUCCUGCCUCGGGAGCUGGCCCUCAUGGUGCUUUCAGCGGCACACCAGAAGGGGAUGAGGAUGAGUUGAACGAAUCCCGUUGCAGUUGGGCAACACGGGACUGGGCCCAGGCUUGCUGGCACCGCAGGCAACAGAAUUGCCAAGCGGACAUUUCCAGCACUCUGAUUGGCAGCAACGAUCUCGACAGCAGUGUGGCUAGGCUUUCCAUGCUCUCAGCAACGCUGUGGGAGGCACCUGCAUCGUCUGCAAGGGGGGUGACGGAAACCGGUUUUUCAGCUGACGACGGCGAACCGGAAUGGAGAAAACCGAUGCCAAGAACGGAAGCCUCAUCCAGAGAAAUGCAGGCACUUGCUGACGGAAUGGCGCGACAGGAUUGCCCCAACAUGUUGGGGGGGUCUGGUAUUCAUGCGUUACGAGUAUCUGGACUGUCCGAUGUUAUGGCGAACCCUGAUGAUGAGGAGGAGGGUGCUAGAAGCCCUCAGUACAGCUACCCUGUUUCGAUUGCGUCUUCGCAAGCGCCUUCUGCUUGUAGCACGCCGCCUCGGCAGUCAAGUCGCCCAAGGUUAGGUCGUUGCUUUGCCCUGCCGCGAAGUGCCCAUUCCCAGCAGGCGCAGCGGAGUGACGGGGUGUUCGGAUAUGCCAUUUCUGGACCACCUGAAGAAUGCGGACUUUCUGCACAGUCAGACGGCACUGGGCGAGCUGGAAGAGGCGGAACCGCAGAGAGAGAUGAGGUGGGGCGACCUGGGCAUGGAAUAGAUGGGUUUGGGGGAGAUGCCCUUGACACUUCUCCUCGUAGGCUUCGUCGCAUGCACCGGGCGCGUUUGACGUCCGCGGACCAGCAGGCGGCAUCACGACGGCGACGAGUGACGCCUCUGGUACCCUGGUGGUGGGAAGAUUAUGUCAAGACGGGAGCUGGACAGGACGCAGCCAGGCCAGGCCCAACGGGUAGUAAGGGCGAUGGUGCUGCUUCCGAUAGCUCGUCGUCUGUGAAUUCCACCAUCUCACUUGCAGCAUCACCUCACGUUUUCCGCAUACCCUGCAGAAGUGUUGUGGGCGCGUCUUACUCUAGCGCUGAAUUCUUCCCUUGGCAGACCAGUGACACCGGAACAGGGGCCAUGCUGGCGCGCUUUUCUGAGGCAGUUGACAGCCAGAGCCGCUCCGGGCUGCUUAGAGGAACCGACCAAGCGAGCAGCUCCGUUAGAGGCGAUAGUGUAGACCUGUCGGUCGAACUAAUUCAUGCGGCUGCCGAGCUGGUCGACAGCAUAGAAAGCUGGCCCGUUGAAUUUGCAGCGCAACGAGCAGGAGUCGCUACGAAGGCGCAUCAAGGCCACGGCCUUGCGUUGGGCGAGCGGAUGGAUGGAGCACCUUCGGAAUACGCUCUACCGGCUUCCGAAACAUCUGCGUUAUCUGCACCGAGUCCGGCCGGAAGGAAAGCGAAGCCUCCGAAAGGCAGCGAAGGAGGCACUCCAACUGCCGUGCAGUCCAGUAACACCGGAAGCAUGCUGACAUUCGUUUCGUCCGUUUUAUCCGCUCCUACGGACAGUGAGGUAGAUAGUCUUAAUGGCUUCGAGUUGCUGCAGGGCGCUCUGAGGACUCUAUUUGGCUCGGCAGGUCCGUUGGAAGGACCACAGUUAAAGGCCAUGGGCAUGGGGACCAGCGAGACGGCUUUGGAGAGGACUGCAGCUGCUCAGAAAGGCGGGGCCUUGCGGGCGACUGAUGAUGCUUCAGUAACUCAGAUGCCAGCAAGAGAGGCAGGUGCAGCAGAGGACGGUCGAACACGUAUGGCGGAGGCGCGAGUCGAGUCUGUUCAGCAUGGCGGCAGUGCACCUGCACUCGAUAUGAGUGCUACCACUCCGCUUUUGCGCUCCCUUGCUGCGUCAUCGGCACCUCCUGUGGAAAAUACACAGGGCCAGUUGCUGGUGGACGACUUCUAUGCUCGUCCAUUGCUAAAAGGAACAUUCUGCUACCGGGAUUCGUACGACCCUUUCGAGGACUACACUGACGUCCAGAUAAGAUUGAAGCCUAUGAGGGCUUUUGGGCUAAGGCAAGACCGCCCCAGCCGUCACAGGAGACGUUCGUGGAGGCUCUCCUCGCAGAGUGCAGGCAGCUCGCCUCGCGGAAGUUCUCCUGUACCUUCUCGCCCGCAGGGCACGAGUGGAAUUGGUUUGAGAAAGCCCAUUCAAGAAGGCGCGAGGGGGAGGGGUUUUGGAGCAAUGGCAGAACGCACGGGAACCGUGCGGAUCGGAGGCAGGCGUGUGGUGGUUAGGACUGUUGAUGACGGGGCUAGUUGGGCUUCUCGCGAACCAAGCGCUGGGGGCCUAUCAGAUUUCUCCCUCUCUCGAUGCAGUAUGUCCGUGGACUCGAGCAUGUCAAGUCGCGGCGUGAGUGUGUGCAGCAGAGCCACGAGCAAUGCAGGUUCUGUUUCAGAUGCGUCUAUCCAAGGCGGUGGUACACCACAAAGCCCAACACCGCACGAAGGUGCACCUCGCCACAAGCGGGGAAGGAGCCGGCCUCCUCCGGGUGGGCGUGGGAGCGGCGGGGGUGGCAAUUCCUCCACUCCCACGGGGGUUUAUCUGGAUGUUGCGCGCAAGCUUUGGCGCUGCCAGUGGAGGGAAAAUGGCCGCUUCAAGACGAAAAGUUUCCCGUUGAACCAGUACAAGACUUUGAAAGAGGCACGACGUGCAUGCGUUGUAUUUCGGUGCCUAAUGGGUGGUUGGGAGGUACAGCCUGCUUGGCUGGGUGAUGAUGAAGGGGGUGACAUUGAUAUGGAGCAACCCGAAGGUUUUUCAGAACCUUCUGGAAAUAGUGCAGGGACGGAAGAAGCAAAAUCGACAGCCCCUGCUCCUUGA